AAAUUUCAUCCCAUCAGUCCUCAAGCUUAAAAUCGUUACAGAAAGGUUAUUGCCUUCCACUUCCUUGCUUGAGCUCAUUCGAUUUCGAUAAUCACCCAAUUCCAUUUUUGGAAAUUGCUCAAUUGAGGUUGUUUUCGCUUGAUAUCUAUAAGGAUCUUGAUAAUUUCACAAACGAAUCAAUCGAGAUCGUAAAUAAAUUUAUCUGGGUUUCUUUGUUUGCCCACCAAGUGUUCGAUCACUUGCCUGACUUGUAAUCUUGAUUAUCAGCUGGGAUGUGUUUUAGAAGGAAAACAAUAGUGUUUUAGAAGGAAAACAAUCUUGAUUAUCAGCUGGGUUGUGUUUUAGAAGGAACACAAAAUGACGAUAGAAACGUUUCCAAGAAGUCCAGGGUUAGAUGCUGGUGUUGAGAAGAAAAUAACAUACUUCAGCAAUAAAUAUGUGUUGGGUUUGACUGUAAUUGCUGGAAUUGGUGGUCUUCUUUUCGGAUACGAUACAGGAGUUAUAUCAGGAGCUCUUCUAUACAUCCGUGAUGAAUUUGAGGCUGUUGAUCAAAGUAGUUUCUUACAGGAGACGAUUGUUAGCAUGGCGUUAGUUGGUGCAAUGAUUGGAGCAGCAGCUGGUGGUGGGAUAAAUGAUGCAUAUGGGCGUAAGCAAGCGACUCUUCUUGCUGAUGUGAUUUUUGCGUUGGGAUCUUUUGUCAUGGCUGCUGCAUGGAAUCCAUAUGUUAUUAUAUUUGGCCGCCUCUUGGUUGGGCUGGGCGUGGGCGUAGCAUCUGUUACUGCUCCAAUGUAUAUUGCAGAAGCAGCCCCUUCAGAAAUACGGGGAGGUCUUGUGAGCACCAAUGUGCUCAUGAUAACCAGUGGACAGUUUCUUUCCUAUCUCGUCAAUCUUGCUUUUACAGAGGUUCGUGGGACAUGGAGAUGGAUGCUUGGAGUAGCUGCUGUGCCCGCUAUUAUCCAAUUUUGUUUGAUGUUGUUUCUUCCCGAAUCUCCACGCUGGCUUUACAUGAAGAGAAGUAGAUCCGAUGCCAUUGUUGUGCUGUCAAAGAUUUAUGAUCCUUUUCGGUUAGAAGAGGAGCUCGAUCAGCUUUCUGCUGCUUUAGAAGAAGAACGCCAACGCAGGAAUGCAAUCAGUUACUGGGAUGUUUUCAGAAUCAAAGAGAUCAGACUUGCUUUUUUAGCCGGAGCCGGUCUUCAGGCAUUUCAACAAUUCACUGGCAUCAACACGGUCAUGUACUACAGUCCUACCAUAGUUCAGAUGGCCGGUUUUAGGUCGAACCAAUUAGCCCUUCUACUCUCCCUCAUAGUUGCAUUAAUGAAUGCAGCCGGCACCAUCGUCGGAAUCUACCUCAUUGACCAUUUUGGCCGCCGGAAGUUGGCCCUCAGCAGCCUCUCAGGUGUGAUCCUAUCCUUGAUUCUCCUCUCAGUGGCAUUUUACCUCGAAUCAUUUGGUUGGCUUGCUGUUUUGGGGUUAGCUCUUUACAUCUCUUUCUUUGCCCCUGGGAUGGGCCCGGUUCCAUGGACCGUGAACUCGGAGAUAUAUCCGGAAUCAUACAGAGGGAUAUGUGCAGGAAUGUCUGCUACUGUCAAUUGGGUAUCAAACUUGGUGGUGGCUCAGAGCUUUCUCUCCGUGGCUGAAGCUGUUGGGACUAGUUCGACGUUCUUGAUACUGGCGGCCAUUGGUGUUGCCGCAUUCGGGUUUGUGUUUUUGUUCGUACCGGAGACGAAGGGGUUGAGUUUUGAGGAAGUUGAAAGAAUAUGGAAGGAGAGAGCUUCAGGGAGUAGUAUUCAUUCUGAAUCUCUUCUUGAAAAUGGAGACUAGUUUUCAAGAAAAAAACGCAACUUUGGCAGGAAGUUCCAUAUACAGAGGUAAACUUUUUCGUCCAUCUUAUCGUUAUACUCUAGAAUCUAUUUCCGGGAUAUACCGGUUUGUUGUGUAGACGAAUAAUCGUGUAAGAAUAGGAGUUAAGGUGAGAGGCAUAAGAAGGGAUCCGGACCCUUAGAUCACUUUUAAUCCUACCCCAUCCCAUGAAUUGCUUGAGAAUUGACCCGGUGCAUCUCAAACGUUUUAAUCUACAAUUAAGAUUGAUCAAAGGGUGAAGAUCCAUUCUUACUUUUCUCAUCAUAAGUUCUAUUCUCACCGAAACCCAAGCCUCUCUGUGUGUGUAUAUAUAUAUAAAAUGUGUAAAACAUGUACUUUGCGGAUACAUUUAAUAUUCAAAAAUACAUUAUA